AGAAAAAUUAGAGAGAAAAAUAAAUCUAUGUACUCUUACAGUUAUACCAUUGUCAUCAAUAGUCCCGCAACUGAAAAAGGGGAUCUAGGGUUUUAGAUUUUAUCAAGGACAUAAGUAAUAAAGUAGAGCUUCUCCAGAAAACCAAAGAGGAAUCAAAUCGAGUCGAAGUAAAAUUGAGAAAUCAUGUUUCCAGGAAUGUUUAUGCGAAAACCAGACAAGGCAGCGGCAUUGAAGCAGUUGAAGACCCAUGUGGCUAUGUUCGGUGUGUGGGUCGCCGUCGUCCGUGUCACACCUUACAUUCUCCACUUUCUCUCUGAUGAAAAAGAUGAGCUCAAGCUCGAAUUCUAGACUCCCCUUUCUCCCUAUCACAAGUUGUCCUGAAGACAGAGAGUGAGCUGGAACGAUGACAAGUCUAAAAGCUUCAGUCUUUUAUCUUCUCUUUUCUCUUCGACUGGGAGUAUGUGAAGCCAACGGGCAUUAGGUCAUUUAUCUUUUUAGAAUUUUACCAUUUUGGAAGAUUUGAACUCUCUGAUAUCAUGACAUGGCUGGUUUAAGAUAAACACUUCAUGGAUUGUAUUUUUGUUUUUCAUGUUAGCAACGGUAAAAGAGGUGAUUUCUCUUUGCCAAUAAUUUAUAUACUGGUGGAGGCUUGGGGUUAGUUUUCA